GAGACCUUCGUCUCCGUUGCUAAGACGCUUCCGUCACCCGAAAUAUAUGAUGUCGUGGAGGGAUACGUAAAAAUUUCCAUGGAGUGUGCUGAAAUAUUCAAACUUCUGGAUGGAGAAAGGAAGCCUGAAAGUGAAAUGCUAUUAAUCUUUCAAGCUCUAGAAGCCAUUUUACUGAGAACAGCCAGUGACCUCUCCCAUUUUUCUGUUGUGGGAAUGAACAUAGUAAAAAAGUUGAUUCAUUCCUACAUGAGACUGGUCUAUGCAGCUUUGUAUUCUGAGAAUCACAGGAUGAGCCGAGUGUGCCUUACCCUGUUGUCAGCAAUGGUGGCUCAGGGGCCAGAUUCAGCAAGGGAUGUGUGUAGCCAUUUUGAUUUCAAUAAUAAGUUUCUGCCUGGAUUAUUGAAAAAAAGAUGUAAGAAGGUAAAUUAAGCUGCUGU